UCGGGUAUAUAUAUCGCAGCUCGUCGCCACGUAUUCAGUUUAUCCUCUGCUUGCACGAUAAAGACUUCCGAGAUGUAUACGAUUUUGCCUUUCGUCCGCGCUGCUGAAUCUGCCCUGCCAGAUUUACCAGUAGAGCUCUGGGCCACCAUUUUGAGAUGUUUGGACCCAUCUUCGCUUUUGGCUGCCACCAGAUCCAAUGACCUAUGGGAACGCGUCACCCAAGGAGAUCCAGUCUUGAGGAAGACAAUCAAGGACCAGCUGGCGUUGGAAAAGCGAAGACGACGGGAGGAGAUGCUGAAUCCCAAACUGUUGCUCUCCAUUACCAGAGAAGGAUCCGGAAGGCUGUUUGGAUCCAACGGCAACAAAGUUGUUCGGAGACAGUCUUCACUUCAAGGACCAGUUAACAUCCAAGGAAAGAGGAAACGUCGCCAGAAUAAAGACGUUGGACCUCUUUGUAAAAAAAUAAUUCAGAGCAAUGAACAUUGUAAAAUAAUAAGAUGUUAAUAAAAUUAUUGUAAAAUU